CUGGAGCGAAAGGAAAACAACAACAACCAAAAAAAAAGCAAUCGUGAAUCAAAAGGCGCACGCGGCAAAAUGUAAAAACUUGCUUAUUGGUUUAUUUUUAACAGUUGCCGUCAUCGCAGUCGCAUUUUGGCCGAACCGCUGGCUCGCGCCUCCCGCUUGCGUGUGUUAAUUAAAUUUAUUUCAGCCAUUGCCAAUUGCUGCGUAUAUUCGGCGGUAAUUAACCAGCCAAAUCCAUAUUGUAUACUACACAGUAUACGGUAUACAAUAAAACACAGCGCGCCUGCAGUUAGCCGCACGAUUUCGUACAGUUGAGACGCGCGUUUUUUGCGUUUGGAAUUUUUUUGUGGGGAAUUUCCACUGCAGCCCAGAGUCGCGAUGGUUUUGACGAAUUUCGAGUGCUGGGCACAUGGCGAUCCGUCGGCAGCCGCCACUUUCGAAACCGGAACACUGCGUCCUUCGAUGGACCCGUUCAAUCCACGUGCUGUCAACUUCAUGACCACCGACGCCAACAACAACAAUAACAAUAAUAAUAACGAAGUGGGGCAGUCGAUGCCUGGAGUCCUGCCCCUGGAAAUGGAAGUCCUGCGCUGCAAGAAGCGAAUGAAUCCUGGUCGCUCUCCUGGCGAGGAAGUCGAUCAGGAUCAGCCGGUGUACACCAAGCGCUGCCGCUACGAUGAAGCCGACCUGGCCGCCCAGUAUUGCAAUGAUUUCUUUUCGCUGCCUGCCACACAAAUAAUUGGAACACAGGCCUGUUUGAUGGAUUACGAGAUGCAGGCCACCGGCGGCAUGAUGAUGGAAUCGGAGACGAGUUUUCCAGCACACCAGCAGCAGCAACAUCCACAGCAGCAACAGCAUCAUCAGCAGCGCAUUCAUCAGCAUUAUCAAGAAUCCGCAGAGCAACGAGUGCCGCCAAAAUCUUUAGACGCUAUUGAGAAAAUCAAAGUUAAGUCAAUAGGCAGCGAGGCCGAGGCGGACUUGUAUAUAGCCACACACGGCGGUUGUCUGCAUCACUUCCGUAAGCUCAGCGGGUCGGAGCUAGAGGAGUCUGAUAUCUGAACAAUAGCCCAUAAGGCAGGUCAAUGUAGCCCCCAACUAACUGCAACUAACCUAAGUAGUAACAUAAGCUCUCGCAUAUCGCAACUGGAAGGUGCUUAGAAAUAGUAUUUGAGUUCAAAUAAACCAUAAGCAAUCAUUGCGAAGCCCA